AUGAAAGUUGACGGGACAUUGGAUGAGGAAAGGAUCGUGGCUCUCAUUGAUUCGGGCAAUACACACAAUUUUCUUAGUCCUCACCUCUCUGAACGGGUGGGGCUUUCCCCUAGUGGAAGAAGGCGGUUUGAAGUUUCAAUUGCAAAUGGACAGAAAUUGGUAUCUCUUGGGAAGUGUACAGCAUUUGACCACUGUUCUCAGAACCCCUGCGGGAAGUGCCAGUUUGGACAAACUGAAGUUAAAUACCUUGGCCACAUCAUUAGCCAGAAGGGGGUGGUUGUAGAUCCAAAGAAGGUUGCGGCUAUUGUGGAAUGGGCUAGGCCCAACUCACUUAAAUCCAUGCGUGGGAUUUUGGGUCUCACUGAUUAUUACCAGAAAUUUGUAUAG